AAGAUAUAUAUUCAUACGCUAAUACGCAUACCCGGUAAAUACAUGCAUCUUCUCUGCAAGCUCUGUUUGAUCCAAACCGUGCCUUUAUUUCUACGCCAGUUUUCACUGGUAUACUCCCUUUUCGAAAGUAAAACAUUGGAGGAAAAUGCUGCACUGCCUCUCCCUCAAGUCGAAGUCGUCGUCGUCGUCAUCGUCAGUGGCUUCCAUGGCGGCACCACCGCCACCGCCACCUCCUCCUCCUCCUCCUCCUCAUUUCCAAGGGAAUCCGACAGAGGACAGUUCGAGCGCUCAACCCUCACCCACCGUCAACCUCACUCGCGAGUAUACCCUCAAUGUCCAAACCAACUCCUACCGCGAGAUAUGGUCCCAAAUUCAACCCACCACCGCUACAAAUUGCGUCGAAGACUCCCACCACCAGCUCCUAUUGGCACAGGUGCUUCACCCCAACCGUGAUUGCGUGGAAGACGCCCUUCGCCACGCCAAGACCAAGACCAACACCCUCACCCGUCUUGUCAAAGCCUAUUUCGAACACAGCGAGAAAUCCACCGUUCUCUGCCUUCUCCUCCUCCAUAGCGUCGAUCGUGCACGUUCCCUCUACGCCCCUCUCUAUUCCCUCCUCGACGUCCUUCCUCUUCACUCUGACUCCGACUCCCACUCUUCCCUCCUCACCCAAUCCCAGUGCAAUCGCGCCUUCGACCUUUUCCUUGAAUUCGACCGCCUCGACAACCCUUUCCCUUGUCCUCAUUCCCACAACUUCAAUGACAUGCGCCGCUGCUUCUCCCAGCUCAAGCAACAGCUCGAUCGCAGCCUCCGCAAGUCCCGCUCUCGACUCCGCCUCCUCCGCGGCGCCACUGCCUCGUCCGCCGAUUGUUGUAUUUGCGCCGCCUUUGGGACCGCUGUUUCCGCUAUUGCUAUAGCCGUUCACACCCUUGUAGUCUUUGCUGCCGGGACCUUCUGCACCGCAUACCUUCCUCAAACUUCAAACUUUACUCACAAAGAAGUUGCCCAUGUGGCACAACUUGAUGCUGCUCUCAAGGGCACUUUUGUUCUAAACAAUGAGCUUGACACCAUUGAUCGCCUCGUUGUUCGUCUGCACAAUGCGGUUGACAAUGACAAAUUCCUCAUUCGCCUUGGACUAGAGAGAGGCGGGGAGAAACAUCCGAUCGUGGAGGUAAUCAAACAACUCCACAAGAACCAGCUCAAUUUCCUGCACCUGCUCCAAGAUCUUGAAGAACAUAUAUGCCUGUGUUUUAACACCGUCAAUAGGGCCAGAGCGCGUCUUCUCCAGGAAAUCUGUCGUCAUCAAUCUUCCGUUAAAUUUGUUAUCACCAUGACAAUCUUGUCCUCAAGGCCAAUGCACUGCCAAACUCUUCCAGCACCCCUCUCCCUUAAAGGACCUUGCCCACAAGGUGAGAUGGUAGAGGCUACGCAGCUUCCACAGUGACUCCCGUAUGCUGUCCUCAGCUGGUGCUCCCAACCACUAACUUUUGUUGCUGCAUGGUUUCCAACCUUAACCAUUCUCCUUUCCAAAAUAGCCUUGGGUUCAGGUUGUACAUUGUCUUCAGGAUCCACUGGAGGUAGAGUAGAUAAGGGAGAGAUCUGAUCAUCCAGUUUCCUCUGCAAACAGGACACAUGGAAGACUAGAUGAAUUCGUGAAUUAGAGGGUAAUGCCAGCUUAUAUGCAACUGCUCCAAUCCUUUGUACCAUCUGAAAAGGACGAUAAUAUCUAGGAGCUAAUUUCAAAUUGUGCCUCAUUGCUAUUGCCUUCUAUCUGUAAGGCUACAACCUUAACACCCAAUCUUCCACCUCAAAUGAUCUCUCAAUUCUUUUCCUGCCAGCAAAUAACUUCAUCCUAUGCUGGGCCUUCUUCAAGUUUUCUUUCAAAAGAAACAAAAUUUGAUCUCUAGACUUUAAUUGCUGCUCAACUGCUGCAUUAGCUGUGGUGCCAGGGAUAUAAACAAGUAGCCUAGGAGGAGGAUAACUAUAGAGUGCUUCAAAUGGAAACAUUAAAGUUGUAGAAUGAUUAGAAGUAUUAUAGCACCACUCUGCCAUAGGUAGCCAGUUGCUCCAUUCCUUUGGUCUGUACCAAUAUAACAUCUCAAAUAGCCCUCCAAGCAUUUAUUUAAGGCCUCAGUCUAACCAUCAAACUGAGGAUGAUAUGUUGAACUAAAUGCCAAUGAAGUGCCAUGUAACUGAAAUAAUUCCUUCUAAAAGGAACUGGUGAAGACUGGAUCUCUAUCUGAGACAAUUGUUCUUGGGAUACCAUGAAGCUUAAAGACACCCGAGAAGAAAACUUGAGCCACUUUGGUUGUAGUGUAUGGAUGAGACAUAAGAAAGAAGUGAACAAAUUUGGUUAAUCUAUCCACCACUGAAAAUACUACACUCAUCCCAUUGGACAUUGGCAAACCCUCAAUGAAAUCUAUUGAGAUGUCCAACCAAGGUGAAUCUAGAAUGGGCAAGGGCUGCAACAACCCUGCUGGGUGAUUAUUCUCGUGUUUAGUGAGCUACCAGAUCUCACGCUCCUUAACCAUGUUCUUGAUGUCUCUACCCAUUCCUUCCAAAAAAAAAUCCCUUUCUUGCUCUCCGCAAAGUCUUUUGGUACCCCACAUGGCCUGCUUGGGGAUUAUAGUGAAUAAAUUGCAGAACUUGUUUUGAAAGGGGAUAAGGGCACAAUCACCAAUCUCCCUUUCUUCACUAGCAACCCUUGUUGUAGAGUAUACCCUUUAGGCCCCUCACCACCUUGUUGCAAUUGAGAAACAAUAUUAGUUAUCUCUUUGGACAACUCAUAACUGUGCUUCAACUCUUCAAUCCAAACUAGUGUGGGGAAAGAAAUUAAGGCCAAAAUAGCUUCUUUUUUUUUUUUUUUUUUUUUUUUUUUUUUUUUAUAAGUAAACGAUUUUCUUCAAUAAUGAUAGCCAGAACCCAAGUACAGAAGAAGAUAUACAAAGGUACGCUCUAACUAUGUGGAAUCAAUAGAGAUAAGGAAGUCAUGCAAAUUAAGGCCAUUAAAGUC